ACUUCCUCUCUCCACCGUUCUCAUCCAUUUCCUUCCCACCCUUCACUCGUCUCCUUAACUAGAGAUUGAGACAAGAGAAUACCUUACUGUAACUUACUACUUCAAUCCAGGAUCCACUCGUAUCGGACCUUCGUUUCGUUCCAUCUCAUCUAGGGUUUUAUCCUUCUAUUCAAUUCAAUAAUCUUGCUAUUUUUAUUCUUCUUUUGGAUCCGAAUCGGAGGUGCUCCGAUUUGGAGAUCCGGUUGCUUCUCCUGUCUGUCUUGGCUCGAGAUCCGGGCCAAGCACAGAAGUAUCGGGUUCGGCUACGGGCUCCGUUUCUUAGAUUUAAUCUUUUCUCUCUUCAAGUGACGUUCAAUCCUUUCUCUCUCUGAUAGUGAUACUGUCGGUUGUUGUUUUCUUUGAGUGGGUGUUUGGUUACUGAGACAAGGAGGGAAAGUGAAAGAGAUUUAGAUUUGAGGAUUGUAUAGAAUUGGACAAGUGUAAAAAUGGCGACGAGUGAGGGGUUUCUGACGGAUGAGCAGAGGGAAAUGUUGAAAACAGCGAGUCAAAAUGCAGAUAAUUUGUUGUCUUCGUCUCCCAAGGGUUUGUUCCCAUCCCCAUUGUUCUCUGACCAUCACUUAAAAGUUCCUGCUGCGGGGAAAUCCGGUACUGCUGGGAUUGCGGUGAGGCAUGUCAGGAGAUCACACUCGGGGAAGCAUGUGCGUGUUAAGAAAGAUGGCGGCGGCGGCAAGGGAACAUGGGGGAAACUGCUUGACACUGAUGUUGAAUCCCAUAUUGAUCGAAAUGAUCCUAACUAUGAUAGUGGAGAGGAGCCGUAUCAGCUUGUUGGGGCAACCAUCUCAGAUCCUUUAGAUGACUAUAAGAAGGCUGUUGUUUCAAUAAUAGAGGAGUACUUUAGUACUGGUGAUGUGGAAGUGGCUGCAUCUGACCUCAGAGAGCUUGGGUCUAGCAAUUAUCAUCUGUACUUUAUCAAGCGACUUGUUUCCAUGGCCAUGGACAGGCAUGAUAAGGAGAAGGAAAUGGCUUCAGUUCUGCUUUCUGCACUGUAUGCUGAUGUCAUCAGCCCAUCCCAGAUUAGGGAUGGAUUUGUCAUACUUCUAGAGUCCGCUGAUGAUCUUGCAGUUGACAUACUGGAUGCAGUUGACAUCCUUGCUUUGUUUGUAGCUCGUGCUGUGGUCGAUGAUAUCCUUCCUCCCGCUUUCCUCACCAGAGCAAAGAAGGCCCUACCAGAAUCCUCAAAGGGAUUUCAAGUUCUGCAAACUACUGAAAAGAACUAUCUUUCAGCUCCACACCAUGCAGAACUUGUGGAGAGGAGGUGGGGUGGAAGCACCCACAUCACUGUUGAGGAAGUGAAGAAAAAAAUCACUGAUCUGUUGAGGGAAUAUGUGGAGAGUGGAGAUGCUGUUGAAGCCUGCAGGUGCAUAAGGGAGUUAGGAGUUUCAUUCUUUCAUCAUGAGGUUGUUAAGAGGGCUUUGGUUCUUGCCAUGGAGAUCCGAACUGCAGAACCACUUAUAUUGAAGCUGUUGAAGGAAGCUUCUGAAGAAGGCCUGGUAAGUUCCAGUCAAAUGGCAAAGGGCUUUGCUCGAUUGAAAGAGAGCCUUGAUGACCUUGCUCUUGACAUUCCAUCUGCAAAAUCCUUGUUUCAAUCCCUCGUCCCCAAGGCUAUCUCUGAAGGAUGGCUUGAUGCUUCGUUCAUGAAAUCUUCAGGUGAAGAUGGACAGGCACAAGCUGAAGAUGGGAAAGUAAAGCGGUUUAAGGAAGAGGUUGUGACAAUAAUUCAUGAGUAUUUUCUCUCAGAUGACAUCCCUGAAUUGAUUCGAAGUCUUGAAGAUCUUGGAAUGCCUGAGUUUAACCCGAUUUUCCUGAAAAAGCUCAUCACCCUGGCCAUGGACAGGAAGAAUAGGGAGAAGGAAAUGGCAUCUGUGCUGCUUUCAGCUCUUCACAUUGAGAUAUUUUCAACUGAAGAUAUAGUUAAUGGUUUCAUCAUGCUUCUUGAAUCUGCAGAAGAUACAGCGCUGGACAUUCUGGAUGCUUCAAAUGAGCUUGCACUCUUUCUUGCCAGGGCUGUAAUUGAUGACGUCUUGGUCCCUUUGAAUCUAGAGGAGAUAGGCAGCAAGUUGCAACCAAAUUGCAGUGGAAGCGAGACAGUGCGCAUGGCUCGAUCACUUAUUGCUGCCCGUCAUGCUGGUGAGAGGCUCUUGAGGUGCUGGGGAGGUGGGACUGGCUGGGCUGUGGAAGAUGCAAAGGAUAAGAUAUUGAAGCUACUGGAGGAGUAUGAGAGCGGGGGUGUUCUGGGAGAAGCCUGCCAAUGUAUUCGUGACCUUGGAAUGCCCUUCUUUAACCACGAGGUGGUGAAGAAGGCAUUGGUCAUGGCAAUGGAGAAGAAGAAUGACAGGAUGCUGGAUCUGCUUCAAGUUUGUUUCAAUGAAGGCCUGAUCACAAUCAAUCAGAUGACCAAAGGCUUCACCCGUAUCAAGGAUGGGAUGGAUGAUCUGGCUCUCGACAUCCCGAAUGCAGAGGAGAAAUUUAAUUUCUAUGUGGAGUAUGCUCAGAAGAAGGGGUGGCUGCUAGCAUCUUUUGGGUCAUCUGUUGGAGACGGCUCCUCAAAAGCGGUGGCGGCUACUUGAGAAGAAAAGCGUAUGUCCAUUUCUCAUUCUCAUGCAUGCUGUUGCCUCUAUACAUCUCUCUGAACUGUGUAAUGGUCUCUUAUGGUGCUCAGAAGUGGGGAUGGAUAGGUAGAUGCGGGAUGUUUUGGAUUCCUUCCGAUGUUUCCCCUUUUUUGUGCUCAUCUGAUGGAGAUUCUCGUGAGAUCCCAGCCAGUGUGUAUAAAGUUGGCCCCUUUGUUUUGUUUCCUGACAUAGCUUUAGGCGCAUCCAAAGAGCAUGCUGUUUCCUGUGACGUAGCUAUGCAUGCAAUCUGAUAUGGUUGAGUACUCCGGAUUAAUUUCUUUUAUUUCCCAAAAGCCAAGAAUUAUUAUUAUAAUUUUUUUUACGAACUUUAAUUCACUUUUA